AUGGUGAAGUAUUUCCUGGGCCAGAGCGUGCUCCGGAGUUCCUGGGACCAAGUGUUCGCUGCCUUCUGGCAGCGGUAUCCGAACCCCUACGGCAAACAUGUCUUGACGGAGGACAUAGUACACCGGGAGGUGAUCCCUGACCAGAAGCUCCUGUCCAGGCGACUCCAGACCAAGACCAACAGGAUGCCCCGCUGGGCUGAGCGACUGUUUCCUCCUGCCAUUGUUGCUCACUCGGUGUACAUCCUGGAGGACUCUAUUGUGGACCCACAAAAUCAGACCAUGGCCACCUUCACUUGGAACAUCAACCAUGCCCGGCUGAUGGUGGUGGAGGAACGCUGCGUUUACUGUGUGAACUCUGAUAACAGUGGCUGGACCGAAAUUCACCGGGAAGCCUGGGUCUCCUCAAGCUUGUUUGGCGUCUCCAGAGCUGUCCAGGAAUUUGGUCUGGCCGGGUUUAAAAGCAAUGUGACCAAGACUAUGAAGGGGUUUGAAUAUAUUUUGGCCAAGCUGCAAGGUGAGGCCCCUUCUAAAACACUUGUAGAAACAGCCAAGGAAGCCAAGGAAAAGGAAAAGGAGACGGCACUGGCAGCUACAGAAAAGGCUAAGGACCUUGCCAACAAGGCAGCCACCAAGAAGCAGCAGCAGCAGUUUGUGUAG